AUGAAUGUCCAACUUAAUCUUCUAAAACCCGCCCGCCCAACUACAAUCUACACAAACUCAACUCCUACAAAUUCAACUCCUACAAACUCAAUUCAUAGCUAUCUCAAAAAGUUUAAGUUGGGAAUCUCUAAGUCAGAGAUAAAUAUGGCCAGAAUAAAGCAACAAACAGUUUUAUUAACUUUAGCUCAUCUUACUAUGUCAAGGUCAGUUCAGUUCAGUUCAGAACAGUACAAGCCAAGACAAUGUAAGGAAAUAGAGAUGUAUUGGGUUUCCGAACCCCCAUAUAUUGAGAAUGUGCUAGCAAACCAGUUUGUCCCAGUUAGGAAGGGAUUGGGUUGGGGUGGUUUAUGUGCUGCCAAACGAUCACUAUCCAUUGUUCAGGCGACCAACCGGAUUACUACUUAG